AUGAAUUCAGGAAAAGAAGAGACAUGAUCGCCCAGAAGCUUUUCACUUGUUUAUCUUCUGCUGCUGCUGCUGCUGAACUUGGCUCUUCUGCUGAGGAAGAUCAGUCUGGAAAUGCACAAGAGGAAGAUGAUUCUGGAAAUGGGAAAGAAAAAAAUCAUUCUGAAAAUGUUGAAGAUCAAAGGCAGAGUGUAAAACAGCAUGGAAGACCUAUUAUUCGAAUCAAGUUUUUGAAUAAAGUAAUCAAAUGCUUUGCCUCUACUACUCCUGCUCCUAAUGCUGUCUCACUUGGCUCUUCUGCUGAGCAAGAUCAUUCUGGAAAUGCACAAGAGGAAGAUCAUUCUGGAAAUGGGGAAGAAAAAGAUAAAGAUCAUUCUGGAAAUGGGGAAGAAAAAGAUACGCAUUCUGGAAAUGUGGAAAAUAAAGAUCAGUCUGGAAAUGUGGAAGAGCCAAAGCAAAGCGUAAAACAUGUGGGUACUGAUCUUCAAGAGUGCAAAUUGAAGUCUGUGAAUGAGGAUUUUUUAAGAGAGAAGAUGGAAUCAUCCAAGAGAAGACUGCAACAAGGCUACCAACAAGCAGAAAGGGCCAAGAGGCAACGUACAGUUCAAGUAAUCGAACUGCAAGAUCUGCCCAAGCAGCAUGGAAGACCUACUUGUGAUAUGCCCAAACAGCAUGGAAGACCUACUUGUCAUAUGCCCAAACAGCAUGGAAGACCUAUUUUUCGAAAAAGUGGUAGAAGACCUAUUUUUUGAAUAAGCAAUUUCAGCUUAGUUCAUUAUCUCUGGUGAGGGGAAUAUAUGCAGCUCCUUAUGGGCAUCCCCAUUAUGUAAGGGACAGAAAGAAAAAAACAUUACAUUGUUAUUUUGACAAAAUUUG